AUAUAUAAUCGCUCGUCUCCUUCAGGUCUGCUCUCCAACUACUCGAUCACAGAUCUGAUCUGAGCUCCCCGCCCUCAGAUCUCCCAAUGGCGAUCUCCUGCGCUUCAUCUCGCUGCUUGGCUCUCAUCCUCCUCACCACUCUGUCGUUCUCUGGUUGCUUCGCGGAGAUCCACACCUCCGAGAUCCGAUCCGAUAGUCAACCGAUCAUCCCUCUCGAUGUGUUCGGAUUUACCCACACCGGCCGCCUGGAGCUCGACGUCUCGCAAAUCUCGCUCUCUAACUCUAACCCCAAUCUCGAUCUCUCCAAAAUCGGAUUCUUCCUCUGCACGCGUGACUCAUGGCUACAUGUUCUUCAGCAGCUGGAAGAGUCGGACAUCACCUGCGCUCUCAAGUCUGACGUCGUCAAGACUGUGUAUUCCUUCGAUCGGCUCAAGGGGGCUACGAGCUUUGGUACGGUGUAUCAGAUGAACGACGCGGAUCAGUUUACUCUUGUCUUCGCCAACUGCCUUCAGCAGGUGCAGAUCUCGAUGAACGUUCGAUCCGUGAUGUAUAAUCUUGAAGACAAGAACGGUCGUCGGGAUUACUUGUCGGCCGGAAAAGCGGUGCUGCCUAGGGUUUAUUUUCUCUUUUCUUUGAUUUAUUUCGGUAUGGCCGCUAUUUGGAUUAGGGUUCUUCACAAGAAGCGCUUGACGGUGUUUCGUAUUCAUUUCUUUAUGCUUGCGGUGGUGAUAUUGAAGGCGCUGAAUUUACUCUGUGAGGCGGAGGAUAAAUCGUACAUUAAGAGAACUGGUAGUGCACACGGUUGGGAUGUUUUGUUUUAUAUAUUCAGUUUUCUGAAGGGGAUUUCGCUUUUCACUUUGAUUGUUUUGAUCGGGACGGGUUGGUCGUUCUUGAAACCCUACUUGCAAGAUAAGGAGAAGACGGUUUUGAUGAUUGUGAUUCCGCUUCAAGUGGUUGCGAAUAUUGCACAAAUUGUGAUUGAUGAAUCGGGGCCGUACGGGCAUGACUGGUUCACAUGGAAGCAGGUAUUUUUGCUUGUUGAUAUACUUUGCUGCUGUGCCGUCUUGUUCCCAAUUGUGUGGUCGAUUAAGAAUUUGCGUGAGGCAGCUAGGACUGAUGGGAAGGCAGCUGUGAAUUUGAUGAAGUUGACUCUGUUCAGACAUUAUUAUGUUGUGUUUAUUUGCUACAUAUAUUUUACCCGGGUUGUGGUGUAUGCAUUGGAGACCAUUACCUCUUAUCGGUAUCUCUGGACUAGUACAGUUGCAGGGGAGUUGGCAACGCUGGCUUUCUAUGUGUACACCGGUUAUAAGUUCAAGCCUGAGGCUCACAAUCCGUAUUUUGUGAUUGAUGAUGAUGAGGAAGAAGCAGCAGCGGAGCAACUGAAGCUUGAAGAUGAGUUUGAAUUGUGAUAUAUUUCUGAGUGUUGUAUGAAUGGCAAUAGUAAUUGCAGAAUAUGGUGCAGUGGCCAAUUGUGAAGGUUGAGGUAGAAACCUGGGGCAUUCCGCUGGGUUUCCCAGUUGAACUUGACUGUUGCAGGCAUGGGGAAUUUAAAAUGUGCUAUUUUUCUCUUUUUAUGCUGAUGUUCUUUGUCAGUUGUUCUUGAGUUAGCAGGAUAAUUUCAUAGAUUAUGGUACAUGUUUGUGAAUUAAACAGUAUGUGUAAGUACCAAUACUGAAACUUUUGCAAUACUUUCGGUGAACUGUUGUGUUUUUAUUCUUUUUUUUUAUUUUUUAUACGACCAUUUGAGUCAUAAAUCA